UGCAGUCUGUGGAUGGAGCUGGGAUGCAGGCUCUGGGAGGCCAGCGAAGGGGAAGGGGUGUCCCCAGCGCCCACUCCUCCGUUCCACAUGCCCGGGCCGGGCCCGCGGCUGCCCGCCUCCGCUCCUCCUCCACUGGGCUCAUAUAUGCAGAGACACACAGGCACACACUCAUCUAUGCAGCCCCAUACACGGAUCCCACACGCACGCUGGAGCGGAUGUGCCCAGACCUCGGUCCUCCUGCCACCCACACUUCCCUUCAUGCGUCCCCUGGUGGAGAAGGAGGGUGCCAUCGGUGCCCCGGCUGCACUCAGGCCGUCAGUCCCUGUGAGAAGGAGGAUGGAAGGCAUCCUCUGAAUCUAGUUCCAGACUCAUCUAGAAUCUACAAGUGUCUCGUUAGUGCCUUCAUGCCGCUCCUGCCUCAUUCUUGUCUCCGAGCGGGGAAGAUGACGUCGGUGGCCAAGGUGUACUACAGUCAGACCACUCAGACGGAGAGCCGGCCCCUCGUGGGCCCAGGGGUCCGACGGCGGAGGGUCCUGACAAAAGACGGCCGCAGCAACGUCAGGAUGGAGCACAUCGCCGACAAGCGCUUCCUGUACCUCAAGGACCUGUGGACGACCUUCAUCGACAUGCAGUGGCGCUACAAGCUUCUGCUCUUCUCCGCGACCUUCGCGGGCACCUGGUUCCUCUUCGGCGUCGUGUGGUACCUGGUGGCCGUGGCCCACGGAGACCUGCUGGAGCUGGGCCCCCCGGCCAACCACACCCCCUGCGUGGUGCAGGUGCACACGCUCACCGGGGCCUUCCUCUUCUCCCUCGAGUCCCAGACCACCAUCGGCUACGGCUUCCGCUACAUCAGCGAGGAGUGCCCGCUGGCCAUCGUGCUGCUGAUCGCCCAGCUGGUGCUCACCACCAUCCUGGAAAUCUUCAUCACGGGCACCUUCCUGGCGAAGAUCGCGCGGCCCAAGAAGCGGGCCGAGACCAUCCGUUUCAGCCAGCACGCGGUCGUGGCCGCCCACAACGGGAAGCCCUGCCUCAUGAUCCGCGUUGCCAACAUGCGGAAGAGCCUCCUCAUCGGCUGCCAGGUGACAGGCAAACUGCUCCAGACCCACCAGACCAAAGAGGGCGAGAACAUCCGGCUCAACCAGGUCAACGUGACUUUCCAGGUGGACACGGCCUCGGACAGCCCCUUCCUCAUUCUGCCCCUCACCUUCUACCACGUGGUAGAUGAGACCAGCCCCUUGAAAGACCUCCCCCUUCGCAGCGGGGAGGGGGACUUCGAGCUGGUGCUGAUCCUAAGCGGGACGGUGGAAUCCACCAGCGCCACCUGCCAGGUGCGCACCUCCUACCUGCCGGAGGAGAUCCUCUGGGGCUACGAGUUCACGCCCGCCAUCUCGCUGUCAGCCAGCGGCAAAUACGUAGCUGACUUCAGCCUUUUUGACCAGGUCGUGAAGGUGGCCCCUCCCAGCGGCCUCCGCGACAGCGCGGUGCGCUACGGAGACCCCGAGAAGCUCAAGCUGGAGGAGUCCUUAAGGGAGCAAGCGGAGAAGGAGGGUAGUGCCCUCAGUGUGCGUAUCAGCAACGUCUGAUGGCCCGCGGCCCCCGCCCCCCCCCCCCCCCCUGUCUCUCUGGUCUCUCCUCUUUCGGCAGCCCGGGUGAGGGCUGUCACCCAGGCUAGCUGGAGAGCCCCCGGAAGCACCCAUUCUCCACUCCCUCUGCUUUAACCUGGCGGGCCCGUGGGUAGGCGAGGCCAACUGGAGUCCGAGCUUUCCUUCCAUCGGCCCCUUCAGCCCACCCCACCCCUCCCCAAGGUACGCAACUCCCCGACACCAGGAUGGGGGAAGGAGAGGGAAGAUUAAGGCUGAGGUGGCUCAGGACGCAUCGGCCACGCUUGGAGACUCACAUCAGGACCACGCAGUUGGAUGGAUAGACUCCCCGCGCCCCCCCCGCCACCACCGCCACCACGAAGUUUGGUGACCUGGGGCCGGAGCCCCCACCCGCCUCUAAUUUCCCACCCAGCUAGUUCCCUAAGGCAAGACUCUGAUGGUUGUUUUGGAGUCCGCGCCCUCAGAAAUACGGGAAUCCGGAAUUAAUUGAUCCUGGGUUCUCUACCAACCCCUGUUGAAAGGAGUCAGGGUUUCUCAUAGCGUAAUUUCUGCUGGCACAUUCUGACUAGAACCUUGGUCACCCCCGUUUUCCUUUCUAUCUUCUCCAGUGGACCCCGUCUUAGGAUACCCAGUUUUCUCACAAAGCCGCCUCUUCUCUCAGAGAAUAGAGGUUGACGUGCGCCCAUCCCGGAAUCUGAACCCUUCGGUGUGGAGUGACGAAUGCAGAGCCCUCGUCCAAAGCCCUGACCCUAUCCUCCAGACAGCCCUGGGGGGGGGGGGGGAGGAUCUGUCUCCUGUGCCCCGUGGAUGGGAUGGCCCUUGCCGGUAUGUUCCCAACCCCCACGGAAAGGUCUGGAAAUGGUGUUCCAGGUACUUACAGGGCACAGAUUCCCAAGGAAAGCGACAUUAACCCUACCAUGCAGGAUGAGUACAUUCUCAGACCUCCAGACUGCUGUGUGGAGCCUCUGGGAACUGGGGGUGCUUUAUGAGGGUUUGGGCUGGGGCAGAACUCUGGCUGGCGGACACCAUUCUCCCUGUCACCUUUCUGAGGUGUCAGCUGUUUCACUAGGCAGUGCUGGGAGGGAGGGAGACUAUACUUCCUGACCCAACCACCGGGGUCUCCCUGAGCCAUUCCCGAGACUUGGGCAAAGUGGGCACGGGUCCCGUCUCCACUCCCCUCUGCCGUGAAGAGGAAGAAGUUAAAGGGUACGCUUUAGAUCAACCUCAGGCCAGUCCUUGUUCCCUGGUGGGGACUGUGGGAGGGGCCAAGAAGGGCGUUUGGGCACCAGAACGUUCUCUAAAGCCCCAAACCCCAAGAGUGCCUCCUGGUCUCAUGUAGGUGCCAAGGAACUGCCCCCGUGCCCCCACGGUGGCUUGGCAUAGAGUCCUUGUGCGAAUGCAGUGGCAGUUUGUUAAGAUGGACUCAGCCAACCGUGAUGAGCUCCAACACUCGCACAGGCCGUGGACACGCGUCUGCGUGCCGAGCUUCGGAGAAACGCACGGUUCUGAGGCUGGACCUGUGGUCACGGCUCACGCGACUGCACCAGGCCCCCUUCUACGCAGCUCUCCUUGAACUCAACUCCAUUUUGAAACUGAAGACCCUUCGUUCUUCCCUGACCGUAAACCCCA